GCCUGGAACCCGCCACAGCUGCGCUGCUGACUCCUGCAUGCUCGGGGGAAGGGGGUUGCCCCGUGCCUCGCCGUGCCUCAGUUUCCCCUUCUGAAGGGGGGUGCCUGCUCUCGCCUCCCCGGGGCGCCCAUCGCACUCAACCCGCGGGUGCACUGGGAGCUUGCACUGGUCCUGCCUGCCUUCCCCUGUGUGCCCCCACCCCCGCCGGCCGGUUCGGGGACCCCCGUCCCUCCGGGUACUUCCACCCGCCAGGAGCAUGGGGGUCUCCUCGCAGGGGUCCCGUCCUGCUGCAGGCGCUGCCUUGUCCUUCACAGGAGCUGUAAACCCAAGUGUCCCUGCGGUCCCGGCCCCGCUCCAGUCUGCUGGUUCCCUUCUGCUUUGCCGACAGCAUCUCCCACGGCUCCACCGGGACGUGGUGGACUCCGGACUGAUGGCGUCAGGCACGGCGAGCCGCUCUGAAGACGAGGAGUCGCUUGCGGGACAGAAAAGGAGCUCGUCACAGGUCUCAGGUGCCAUUCCCAAACGUCGGAGCUCCUCCAGGUUUAUCAAGAGGAAGAAGUUUGAUGAUGAGCUGGUAGAGAGCAGCCUUGCCAAGUCCUCCAGCCGAGCCAAGGGGCCCAGCGGGGUGGAGCCAGGCCGCUGCUCGGGCAGCGAGCCCUCCUCCAGUGAGAAGAAGAAGGUCUCCAAGUCCAGCUCCGCUCCCGUCCCGCCGAGCCCGGUCCCGAACCCCAGCCUGCCCAAGCGGAUGAAGAAAAGCAAACAGCCCCUGCAGGUGACCAAGGACCUGGGCCGCUGGAAGCCUGCGGAUGACCUGCUCCUCAUCAACGCCGUGCUGCAGACUAACGACCUGACCUCGGUCCACCUGGGCGUGAAGUUCAGCUGCCGCUUUACCCUGCGGGAGAUCCAGGAGAGGUGGUACGCGCUGCUCUACGACCCGGUCAUCUCCAAACUGGCCUGUCAGGCCAUGCGGCAGCUGCACCCUGAAGCCAUCGCCGCCAUCCAGAGCAAGGUGCUGUUCAGCAAAGCCGAGGAGCAGCUGCUGAGCCAGGUGGGAUCGGUAAGGCCCGCCCAGCCCCGCCCCGUGCGCAGGGCCUGCGACACCCGGACGCUGAGCCAGGUGGGGUCGGUACAGUCUGCGCAGAUGGUGCCUACUCAGCCCCUUUUCCCCCAGAUGCCCACCCUCUGCUUCCAUUCAGUGCAGCCGCUGCCCAAGGGGGACCAGGUGCUGAACUUCUCGGACGCAGAAGACAUGAUCGACGACAGCAAGCUGAAGGAUGUGCGGGACGAAGUGCUGGAGCAUGAGCUGACGGUGGCUGACAGGCGGCAGAAGCGGGAGAUCCGGCAACUGGAGCAGGAGCUCCACAAGUGGCAGGUGCUGGUGGACAGCAUCACGGGUGAGAGCCGCGGGGCUCUGCGCUGAGCAGGCUGGGUGGGG